CUUCUUCACAAUUAGCUCAAUACAGCCUUAGAAAUAUCCUGUGGGCUUCUGCUGUUGACGUCAUGAGGCACCUUUCUGCAGCCAUUUGUCUCGUGGUCCUCGUCGCUUUUACGGUGAACGCACACACCAUUCCUGAGGAAGAGUCUAACUUCGACGCAACAUUUGACAGCGCGGCCAAAGGUGCCGCUCAAGACGCUGUUCAUGUGGGUGAGAUCCUGCGAGAAGUGGCCCAGGCCCUAGCUGAUGACGAGGACAUUAAUGCUGAGAGCGAUGAGUACUUUUUCCGUGCUCUGUGGGAGAAAACAAGGGACGCUUUGAAAAACGCAACUCAAAAGGUGAAGGCAUCCGUAAAAGGGGCAUACAAGGAGGCGAAGGACCACAUAAAGAAAGCCACUGAGGACGCCCAGCAGAAGCUCAAGGACAAGGCAGCAGAGAUCAUAUCCAAGUUGCUAACCAAAGUUAUGAGUGGCUAUGCCUUGGAAGAUUCUGAGAGUCGCGGGAACUUUGUCAAGAUGUUUCUCGAUGUCAUCAUGCGAGCAGCCCAGCGACUUAUGAAGAUGGGCAAAGCUUUAGAAAGCAUUCGUAACUGAUAAAAACAAAUAAACCAAACAAUUCAUUUCAUAA